CUUUGUCGGAACAACACCCGAAGCUUUAGGACUCUUGUACUCAUCAGUUUUUCAUUUACCUUUCUUCCGCGUUCAUCUCAUUACUCUUAACCCUAACCCUCAUCAAUUCAUGAAGAGGAAGGCUGGCUCUGCAGCCCCACCGCUUCGAGUUGUAGACGAAGCUGAGAUUGCCGGUCUAUGCAGAUAACUCUAGGGCACGAGCAUAGUACGUCACUCUAGGUCUCUUACACCUACACGCUCCAAAUGGCGACCAAGACUUUGUCGCACGACGACUACACAGUAGCAUGGAUCUCUCCUAUCGAGGUCGAGCAGGUCGCUGCUAUAGCAAUGCUAGACGUUGAACACCCGCGUCUUACACAAUCUUUAGUCGACUACAAUGCUUACCAGCUUGGAAACAUUGCGGGUCACAAUGUCGUAAUCGCUAGUCUGGACUCGGCAGGCAAUGCCUCAGCCGCUACUGUUAUCACUCAGAUGCGGAACACGUUCAAACAGCUCCGAUUUGGGCUUCUUGUCGGCAUAGGAGGCGGCGUACCGAUCAAGACCAGUGAAGGCUGGAUCAGGCUCGGGCAUGUCAUAGUUAGCAAGCCUACUGGCACAGAUUCUGGCGUCAUCCAGUACGAUUAUGGCAAAGCACAAGCGAACGGAGUAUUCGAACGGACAGGAUCCCUUGCGCCUCCGCCCAAAGUGCUGCUUAACGCAGCACAGCUGAUGUCCGCUAAGCGAAAGCAUUUUGUCGAGGAUCCACUCAAGGCAAAUCUCCAGCUCAUCAAUACCUCGCUUCGCGACCUCCGGAAGUACAAGCAUCCAGGCCCCGAUAAAGAUCAUCUGUACCGAGCCGACUAUCUUCACGCCGACAAAACUUUGUUAUGUCAGAAAUGCAGCUGCGAGCCCAGCAUGCGAGUCGAUCGCGGAGCAAAUAACGAUGACAGCGACGAAGAGGAUGAAGAUGAUUUCGAUCGUUUCGUCGUGCAUCGUGGCAAUAUCGCGGCGGGAGAGAAAGUACUACGUAAUAGUGUUGAGCGAGAUGCACUUGCCAAAACAAACAAUGUCAUCUGCUUUGAGAUGGAAGCUGCGGGUGCAACCAACGAUUUCCCAUGCCUCGUGAUCCGUGGUGUGUCGGAUUACUGCGACUCCCACAAGAACGACAAGUGGCAUGGAUAUGCUGCGGCGACUGCGGCCGCGUACGCUCGAGAGCUCUUCAAGUACAUGCCCGUAGAUGAGGUCCGGCAGUGCGGCGUAGCUGAGCCUUACGAUCCGGCCUUGAAGGAAGCUAUACAAAGACUAGAAGCGAACAAGGCAAGUAAUACCUGGAACAAUUACGACAAUACUCAGGUCAUGAAUCAAGUUACCGGCAAUCAAACGUUUACCGGCGGGCAAAAUUUCUCCUUCUAAUUAGUUGAUAUUAACACGUGCGAGGAGUCUGUUAAGCGUCGACCUGUAUUAUACCAAAAGGUCGGUACGAGAUGUCCCUAUACAUCUGCUAUACUUUUCUACUAAGCUAAGAUAACAAUCCGAUACAUUAUCUAUCGACGCGUAC